AUGAGCACCGCAGCGGAGGACCUGCUGAUCAUCCACGAGGCGGAGGCCGAGCCGUGGGCCUCAUACCUGCGGUCGGUCUUCGCGGGCCCCAUCCGGGAGGAGGGGAUCUGCUGCUACGACAUCGCCACGGUGUCCAGCAAGAAGGAGGACUUCCUGCGUCUGGGCCGCUACCGCUGCAAGCUGCUCAUCCUGUCACAGGGCAUGCUGGAGGGCCUGUGCCAGAUCCGCAGGUUCUUCCUGGCCCGGGUGCUGCAGCCGGCCGGCGCCGUGGUGGUGCUGCUCUGCGGGGUGGACAGCCUGGCCCCCCUGCGGGAGAUGGUGCCCCUCGGGGAGGGGUGCCUGCAGUGCUCCAGCGAGCAGGACGCUCAGGAGUACCUGUCGGCCGUCACCGAGAUCGUGCAGAGAGGUAACCAGGCCUCCGUGGAUGUCAGCGCCCUCACGGCCCGCGUGGCGGCUCUGGAGCUGAAGCUGGACAAGGGCCCGUCGGCCACCGCCGCCACCGCCGUCUCCGCCAGAGCCCACGUGCUGGUGGUGCCACCGAGGGUGCCGUGUGAGAACCCGGGGGAGGUCUUCAUUCUGCUGAGAGAUGCUGUGAACAGUAAAGACGCGGAGGUGGAGUUUCAGGGGAAAAAGGAGAGGACCAGAGUGAAGCCAAGCAGCUGGAACGAUCACACCCUAUGUGUAACAGCUCCAGACUUUCCUGCAGGAACGGUAGGUGUAACGCUGUACUGCGGAGGGGUUGUGACAGCGGAAGGGGAAUUGCAGUACUACAGCACCAUGGAUGAGAUUGCCCUCCUCCUGAAGAAAGCUGCCGACCCCAUGGACUUCAUGUUCCAGGCCUUCCAGACCUCCUCGGCCGAGAAGCUGGAUCAGCUGCUGACCUCCACCCUGAUGGGGGGAAUGCCAACAGGGGGCUUCCAGGGCCUGCAGUGUGAUGAGGGUCACGAAGGUGAGAUGCAUUCAGAAGAUCUGCCCACGUUGCUCCACUUUGCUGCCCAGAACGGGCUGAUGGGCGUGGCCAACAUCCUCCUGCAGUGCCCGGGAGGUCAGCGCGCUCUCCGCAUCGCCAACGGCAACGGGGACACCCCUCUGAUGCUCGCCGAAAAAAACGGCCACGCCCAGCUCCAUAUCCUUCUGCAGGAAAUGCUGAAUGUGCCAGAGAGCGUCGUGAAGGGAGAAGAUGAAGACAGCAGCAUUUACGAGAUGAUGGGGUCAGCAGACACCCAGGAGGAAGUACGGGACGAAGCUGAAGAUCCAGAAGAAGAAGACCCUUAUGCACCCCUUGGAGUCAACGAUGAGGAGUACGACACAAUCCUGACCUCCAGCAAAGCAGUAAUAAUCGCCAACCGCCCUCCUGCGCCAACCCCAAGGCCAGAAACCACUCCUACUAAAGAGGACAGUACACCUUUCAUAGCCCAAGUGUUCCAGAAGAAGAUGUCUCAAGGGGAUGCUGACACACUGUACUCUCUGCCUGCUAAACAAGCCAAGGGCCGGGACAGCAUCUCAUCCACGUACGACACGUUCGUCCCCAACCGCAUGCCGGGCCUGCAGGAGCUGAUCGAGCUGCAGGAGAAGGUGAAGAGGGGGGUGCUGACCAUGGACGAGGCCCUGGAGCGCUUCAGCGACUGGCAGCGGGUGCAGAAGGGCCUGGACGCCAUCCAGCAGGAGAAACUGCGGCAGCUGAGGGCGAGUAUCAUCAACAACAGAGAGGACGAUGAAAACGUCUAUGAUAAAAUCAACAUCGUUCAUCAUACGCCAGAUGUGAGCGUGAAGGAUUGCAGGCGAGGGAGUCAGCCUCCAGACACAGACUUUUACAGCAAGCCGCUCAAAGGACAACACUCAAAUUUCUUCUGGAAGGCUGACAAGCGGUAG